AUGCUAAAAGUAUCUCCUUGGAAAGGCGUUAUCCGUUUUGGAAAGCGUUGGAAACUCAGCCCUCGUUUCCAUAGACCGUUUAAAGUCUUGGCUAUGGUGGGUCUUCAAGCUUAUAAGCUAGAACUACCACCAGAAAUGGCUGAAAUCCAUAGCACAUUCCAUGUGUGCUACCUUCGUAAGUGCUUAGCGGAAGAAGAAAGUGUGAUUCCACUUUUGGAAAUUCUUGUGGAUGAGAACAACCGGUGCAUUGAAGAACCGGAAGCCAUCUUAGAAAACAAGACCAAAGUGUUGAGGCGUAAAGAAAUUGUCAUGGUUAUACUUCAAUCGAAUCAUCACCGAGGGUCAAACGUAACAUGGGAAGCGGAAGAGGGCUUGAAUAGGCGUUACCCUCACCUUUUCGCUUGA